AUGGCGGCAAGAAAACUGCAACAGGAGGUCGACAAGUGCUUCAAGAAGGUGGCCGAAGGCGUCGCCGAGUUCGAGGCCAUAUACGACAAGAUUGAGCAGUCCAACAACCCGGCCCAGAAGGAGAAGCAAGAAGACAAUCUCAAGCGUGAAAUCAAGAAGCUCCAGCGUCUACGAGAUCAGAUCAAGUCAUGGGCCGCCAGCAAUGACAUCAAAGACAAGGCUCCCUUGCUAGACCAUCGGCGGUUGAUUGAAACGCAAAUGGAAAAGUUCAAGGCGGUGGAGAAGGCGAUGAAGACCAAGGCCUACUCCAAAGAGGGUCUCUCGGCCGCGGCCAGGCUAGACCCCAAGGAGCAGGCCAAGGUAGAAUGCGGCGAGUUCCUGAGCACUUCGGUCGACGAGCUAGAGCAGCAGAUCGAGGCGCUCGAGGCCGAGAGCGAAUCGCUAUCAGCAACGAUGAAGAAGGGCAAAGCGGGAGCUGCCAAGGCCGAGCGCAUCGCCGAGAUCGAACGGAUCAUCGAGCGGCACAAGUGGCAUCAAGGCAAGCUGGAGCUGAUCCGACGAACGCUCGAGAAUGGAGGCGUCGAAACCGAGCAGGUCAUGGAGCUAGAGGAGAGCAUCAAGUUCUACCUCUCCGACGGCAUGACGGACGGCAACGCCGACGACGAGGGCAUGUACGACGAACUGGAUCUCGAGGACGACGAGGGUGUCUUUGGCCUGAACGUAGACAACGAGAGGUCGUCGCAGGAUGCUCAGUCGACGCCGGACGACGCCCCGCCCGAGCCGGAACCGCUCAAGGUGGCGGCCAAGAAGACAGCGAAGGAGCCGGACGCGCCGACGGCACGCAAGACGACGACGCACGCGAGCACCAAGUCACCCCUUCCGGCGCUGGCGACGCUGCACACCCCCCUGGCGACAAUCAGCGGUACUAACGGCAGCGCGCCGGCCAUGAAGCCUGCGCAGGUGCCCGCGAGGCCGGCAGGAGAGGGGCUCAAGUACGCGUCCGCGGCGGCGGCGGCGGCGGCGGCGGCGUCGAGCGACAAGUCUGGCAUGGGCAUCGCACCCCUGCCCCCGCCGCCGGGAGCGACGCCGGUACUAUCUGCGGCGUCGCUGCAUUCCAAGACGAGCGCGGCCAACUCGCCUGCGAGCACGUCGGCGCAGCUGGCCAACGUCACACCAGCUCCGCCGUUGGCCGAGGUCGAGGGCGGACCGUCGCGGCCCAGGAGGUCUAGAACAGCGGCAGGCAAACAAGCAGCAGCUGCUCAGGAAGCUGAUGCUGGAAAGCCUUCGACGCCGCAACCCAACGGCACGACGACCAACGGUAUCAAGCGAAUCGAGGAGGUACCAGAGGAGGAGAGCGUGUAUCACCUGCCUCCUUCGCUGCAGGACCUCGUGGAGUCUUUUGAGGCGACGAAGCGACGACGUGCGCACCCGGCAUCGCAGUCAACGCUGCAGAUGAUGGCAUCCAGCCGGGCCAACUACCCGGACGGGGCGGACGCCGAGUGCCCGCGCACGUACAGGCCCGAGGUGGCCUUCCCGGGGGCGGCGGCGGCCGGGUACCCACGCGAGCCGCUGGCGAUAUUCGACGACCCGCGGCUGUACUCGCGCAUCGACACGGACACGCUCUUCUACGUCUUCUACUACAAGCAGGGGACUCCUCACCAGUACUUGGCGGCCAAGGCGCUCAAGGACCAGAGCUGGCGCUUUCACAAGCAGUACCAGACCUGGUUCCAGAGACACGAGGAGCCCAAGAGCAUAACGGACGAGUUUGAGCAGGGGACUUACCGUUUCUUCGACUACGAGAGCACCUGGAUGAACCGUCGUAAGGCCGAGUUCAGGUUCGUGUACAAGUUCUUAGAAGAUGACGUAUAA